AAGAAAGAAAAAAAAAGAAAAGAAGAAGAGUUGAUUCCAAAAAUAAAAGGGGGGAAGAGAGACUCUGUUGGUUUGUGAUGUGCCUGCGGACACCAAAAAGGAUUUAAAUAGAGUUGAAUCUCCCUCUCUCUCUCUCUCCCUGGUUCCCUUCUUCCUCUCAAUCAUUCUAUGUUCUUUUCACUUCUUUUUCGCCCAGUCAUCGUCAUCAUCCUCUGUCCCAGGAGAGAAAGUAUUCGACCGUUCCCUUAUCGACUACUCAGUUCUAGGGUUCGCUGACUUGGAUUCUAGGCUGACCUCGUUUGUGGCUCCACUGAAUGGCAGUACUUUAACCUGGACAUUGAAGUUGUGUUUGAAUUCCUUAAACUCUGGGAAUCAUUAUAAUUUGUUAUGGGGCUUAUUGGCGUCCAUGAUAACUGAAUUUACUGAAAACGUGGCGUAUUGUCUGACCAUGAGAAUAGAGUUUAUUGCAAAAAUGGUUUUUUGUUGUUAUCCUUAUGAGGCCUAUCUCCUCCUACCCACGAGAAUGUAAUUUUUUGGAAAUAAGGUGUUAUUGUGUAUUAGUGGUGAAGCAGAUGCCAUCUAGUUAGCAUGGUCUUCUGAUGGAAGGGGCAGGAGGAAAGGUCAAAAGGCGGCUCCUCUGCUGCUUGGCUCACUCCGUAUGGAAAGAGCAUAGUGGAAGAGUGUUUGAGGAGGAAUUUUCUGGUGGAAGCUUAAGGAAAGUUUUUAUAUGUGGAUGAUUGGGGUCGGUAUGGAUAGGAGGCAAUCUUUCCUGCAACAUGUUGGAAAUGUAGGAUACAAUUGCUAGAUUGAGCUGUGGGGACGUUUCUGUGGUCUUGUUUUAAUUGCCAACUUUUCAUACUUUGUUUUUGUUUUGUGUCCCUUUUUGGUGUAACCUGAUGUUGCAUUUUCUGGGGUCGUGGUCUUAUUGACAUUUAUUUUCCUAAGGCAAUUGAAAUUUGUUUGAAUUAUAGGUUUUACUUAUGUAUGUCUGUGUUAUAUUUUGGCACCAAAAUAUUAUUAUUUCUUUUGAUUUAUGCUAUGAUAAAAUAAAUACUAUGCAUACUGAAAUCAAGUUGGCCUACCAAUCUAGUUUUUAGGGUUUGUGAGGUUUCAACAAUGUUACAUGGAGUAGCUCAAAAUCCCACAAACCCUAAGGACUAAAUUGGUAGACCAAAUUAAUUUCAUUAGGAGUCUUUUUUUUUCCUUUCUUUUUUCUGUUUGACUCCCUUUUCUAAGCAUUUGUUGCAUUUUAUAACCUAUAGCAUUGUUCCUAAAGAAACUCAAGUUACCAAGCCUAGACUCCAUGUUACUGUCAAAGCCUCACAAACCCUAAAGACUAAAUUAGUAGACCAAAUUGGUUUCAAUGCCAGUCCUUUUUUUUCUUUUAUUUAUUUAUUAUUUAUUUUUCUUUUCUAAACACUUCUAUAUUCUCUCUUCCUCAAAUUCAACAGUCUUGAGUAAUAGGUGAAAAAUAAGUUACUUAAAUUUGAGUGCAAAUGUCAUUUUCUUUGCUUAUUUUUUUUUUUAACCUAUUAGGAAUUUGUCUUCUACUUUUCCUGUUAAUUUUAAUAGGAAGCUGAUGACAUGGAGCGGUCUUCAGACCAUUCAUCUUCAGGUCCUUCCAAGAUUCCAUAUGUGAGUAUUCCUAAGGCAGUGGGAAGUGGUGCAUGGGGGAUGCGACCUGGAUCUGAUGGUUACAACGCAUCAAAUGAUGCUACCCUUUUCUCAUGCUCAUUACCUGUUCUUCCACAUGAAAAGUUGAACUUAAAUGAUACCGAACAUUGUUGUCAGUCUAUUGAUGAUGCUGGAUUAGAUAAACUCCAACAAGAUGUGGAGGCUGGCGAGUCACUUGAGGAUGAUGGAAUUCAUGCUAUUGGAAGCUUGCUUCCUGAUGAUGAGGAUGAGCUUUUAGCUGGAAUAAUGGAUGAUUUUGACCUUAGUGGAUUGUCUAAUCCAAUGGAGGAUGUGGAAGAGUAUGAUCUUUUUGGCAGUGGAGGAGGCAUGGAGUUGGAAAUUGAUCCACAGGAGAGUCUGAACAUGGGUAUGGCAAAGGUGAGCUUAUCUGAUGGUGUUGUUGGGAAUGGCUUGGCUCAGUAUGGUCUUCCAAAUGGCUCGGGAACUGUUGCGGGGGAACAUCCAUAUGGGGAGCAUCCUUCUAGGACGUUAUUUGUUCGUAAUAUCAAUAGUAAUGUUGAGGAUUCAGAACUGAGAACUCUUUUUGAGCAAUAUGGCGCGAUCAGAACUUUGUACACUGCAUGUAAACAUAGGGGCUUUGUGAUGAUAUCUUACUAUGACAUCCGUGCUGCGCGAACUGCUAUGCGUGCAUUACAAAACAAGCCAUUGCGACGGAGGAAACUAGACAUUCACUUUUCAAUUCCGAAGGAUAACCCAUCUGACAAGGAUGUUAAUCAAGGAACUCUGGUAGUUUUUAAUUUGGAUCCAUCAGUUUCAAAUGAUGAUCUCCGCCAAAUAUUUGGGGCUUAUGGGGAGGUUAAAGAGAUAAGGGAAACACCACACAAGAGGCAUCAUAAAUUCAUUGAAUUUUAUGAUGUUAGAGCUGCAGAAGCAGCACUUAGGUCAUUAAAUAGGAGUGACAUAGCCGGCAAACGCAUAAAGCUUGAACCUAGUCGCCCUGGCGGAGCACGUCGAAACUUGAUGUUGCAACUGAAUCAGGAGCUUGAACAAGAUGAAUCUCGGAGUUUCCGACAUCAUGUGGGUUCUCCAAUGGCCAACUCUCCUCCAGGUAGCUGGGCGCAGUUCAGCAGCCCUAUUGAACACAGUCCUUUGCAAUCUCUUAGUAAAUCCCCUGGUUUCAGGACUGUGAGCCCAACGACUAGCAACCAUUUACCUGGAUUAGCUUCAAUUCUGAAUUCUCAAAUAUCAAAUUCAGUGAAGGUUGCACCUAUUGGCAAGGACCAAGGAAGGGGUAUUCAUGUAGAAAAUAUAUUCAACAACACAAAUUCAAACCAUGGAACUGCUUUCCAACAGUCUCAUUCAUUUUCUGAGCCAAAUUUGGGCCCAUAUCCUGGUAAUGGGUCCUCUUUUGGUGCUUCAACUUCAAAUGGAUCUGGAAUUGAGACGUUGUCUGGGCCACAAUUUCUUUGGGGAAGUCCAGCUCCUUACUCAGAGCACACAAAUUCUUCAGCCUGGCAACCACCAUCUAUGGGGCAUCCAUUUGCAUCCAAUGGACAGGGCCGUGGCUUUCCAUACUCUGGGCGGCAUGGUUCUUUCCUUGGUUCAUCCCGACACCACCACCAUCAUCACGUUGGAUCUGCCCCAUCAGGUGUUCCAUUAGAGAGGCACUUUGGUUACUUCCCAGAAUCACCAGAAGCGUCAUUCAUGACUCCUGUUGCUUUUGGAGGCAUGGGUUUGGCCCACAAUGAUGGAAGUUUCAUGUUGAAUAUGAGUGCUCGCGCUGGCAUGAAUGCUGGCAUUUCUAUUCCAGCAAACAUGUCUGAAAGUGGUUCUGCCAAUUUUAGAAUGAUUUCUUCUCCAAGGCUUAGCCCCAUGUUCCCAGGUAAUGGUCCAUUUCCAGGUCUGGCACCCUCCAACAUAGAGGGUUUAGCUGAUCGUGGACGGAGUCGGUGGGUUGAGAAUAAUGGGAACCAGAUAGAUAGCAAGAAGCAGUUUCAGCUUGACUUGGAUAAAAUUCUCAAUGGGGAAGAUACUCGGACAACUCUUAUGAUUAAAAAUAUUCCCAAUAAGUACACCUCAAAGAUGUUGCUAGCUGCUAUUGAUGAAUAUCACAGGGGUACUUAUGAUUUCCUUUAUCUGCCGAUUGACUUUAAGAAUAAAUGCAAUGUGGGCUACGCAUUUAUCAAUAUGCUGUCUCCUUCGCACAUUAUCCCGUUCUAUCAGGCUUUUAAUGGUAAGAAGUGGGAGAAAUUCAAUAGUGAGAAAGUUGCUUCCUUGGCAUAUGCUAGAAUCCAGGGAAAGGCUGCCCUAGUCACACAUUUCCAGAAUUCAAGCUUGAUGAAUGAAGAUAAACGCUGUCGGCCAAUUCUCUUCCACUCUGAGGGUCCGGAAGCUGGUGAUCAGAUCAUCCAGGAACAUUUGCCCUCCAACAGUUUGAACAUCCAGGUUCCUCAGCCGAAUGGGUCACAAAUAGGUGAUACUCCGGAAAGCCCUGAAAUGGUUCUUUUGUGUGAGAAGCCAGAGAAGAGUUGAUGAUGUCUUGGAGCAGAUAUGCGCUUAGCCCAAGUUGAUGCUGUGGCUGUAAAGGCAACGGUUGCGUAAAUAAUUUUGUGUAAAAGAAUUAGGAAGAGAUGACCCAAGAAAAGUGUGCAGAUUUUGUUAUGUAGUUUUGUGUCCCAUAUCAUUUUGGUAGAAAGCUUUCGGAGUAGCAGGAGUAUUUUGUAGUUGAUGAGCAGGCCAGUGAUGAGGAAUGGAGGAUGAUAAGGUGAAGCAUAGAGGUGGAACUGACUUUUGUCAACUGCUGAAUGUGUCACCAAUAUGUGCACGAUUUCCAUUGUGCUCUGAACUCCAUGUUGGAGUCAUUGUCUUUUUUGUUCCUCGUUGGGUAGAAGUUCAAUGCGCUGCAUAUAUGGUGUUUAUAUGGGUGAAUGUAAUUGAGGGUUGAACUUUUAGAAUUGGUGAUCAAGGAAGGGGGUAUUCACACAAAUGUAUAUAGGAGAAGACAAACAGAGACAAACUGCCUUUUUUUUUUUUUUUUUUUUCUCUCUCCAUUAAUUUGUCUUGUUUAUUAGUAUUCUUGACAUGGAAUGGCAAUUAUGUAUUUAUUA